CGUACGUGCAACUGCCAGAAAUAAUAACCAGGGCAGGCCAGGCUUUCUCUGCCAUGAGUCUAUUGUUUCGCGGUGUCCCUUUUGCCUUUGGCUUUGCCGCGCUGUGCUGCUAGGAAACACCAGCAGCAGUCGCCAGCCAUGGAGCAGCACUUGGUCUUCGAUACCGGCCUGACCCGCGCCGACCAUGUGGUCCUGAAGAACCUUGCCCGCGACGUUGCAGCUGCCGACGCAGCGACCGCUGUUGCGCACCAGCAGCACAAGCAGCAGCUCAGCAUUCCCGUGGACGAUGUCAUUGACCACGACUCGGGCAUCGGCUCUGAGGAGAGCUCCCACCACGAGGACGAAGCCAUCAAUACGCCUUGUGAGAAGGACUCACCCGAUGACACCGCCGGGGAUGUUGCUCGCCUCAAGGCCAUGAGGGAUCCGGCCAGCGACAAGUUUGAGCCAACAGUGCUCCUCACCGUCGACGAUUGUGCCUCAUACGUCUCACCGACGUUCAACAGAUACGUCCUGCAACCGUACAUUGCCUGGGCUAGAAGGAUCACGCGGCACGAGACCGACGUUGCCAUGAUCACGCAUCUCAUCAUGUACUUUACGACUUCGCUGCCGAGUGCCAUCUUGCUCUACAACCGCUUCUCCUACGUCCAUGGCGUCAUCCACGUCGCCAUGCAUUUUUACUUCCUCGGCACCUACACGUUGAUGAUGCACCAGCACAUUCACCAGCGGGGCAUCCUGGCGAAGCAAUACGCCAUUUUCGACAAGCUCUUCCCAUAUAUCCUCGACCCGCUGAUGGGCCAUAGCUGGAACACGUACUACUACCAUCACGUCAAGCACCACCACGUCGAGGGCAACGGCCCGGACGACUUGUCCUCGACGAUCCGCUACCAGCGCGACAGCCUCGCCGACUUUGUUCGUUACGUGGGCCGCUUCUUCUUCCUCGUCUGGGUCGACCUGCCGCUGUACUUUUUGCGCAAGAACAGGCCCUCCAUGGCCGUGCGUGCCGCGGGCUGGGAGUUCCUCACCUACCUGUACUAUUACAUCAUGGCGACGCGCUUCGGCGGCAAGGCGACGCUGUUUGUGUACCUGCUGCCGUUCCUGAUCCUGCGGCUGGGCCUCAUGGUUGGAAACUGGGGUCAGCACGCCUUUGUGGACGCAGAUGAGCCGGACUCGGACUUUCGGUCCAGCAUAACGCUCAUUGACGUGGCGAGCAACCGAUUCUGCUUCAACGACGGCUAUCACACGUCUCACCACCUCAACCCGCUGCGGCACUGGCGCGAUCAUCCCAUCUCCUUCCUGGAGCAGAAGCCGACGUACGCCAGAGAGGGGGCGCUCGUCUUCCACAACAUCGAUUUCCUCAUGAUCACGGCGCGGCUGAUGAUGAAGGACUAUGAGCACCUCGCGCGGUGCAUGGUGCCCAUGGGCGCGCAGAUCGACCUCACCAUGGAAGGCAGGGUCGCUCUGCUGAAGACGCUGACGCGGAGAUUCAGCGAAGAUGAGAUUCGUGAUAAGUUUCGUAAGAAUACGUGAAACGCGGAAGGGUAGGUGGGCGAGGGUUCCUGGUCGGGGGCGCCGUCAUGGAGCGGCGAUGCGCAGGCGUCUGGGUGUUGCUGGCAUGGCUAUAUUUCGUAGACUGUAUCAUAAAUGCAUGCAUGCAUGGGACGGGUUUCGUAGACGGGCAUCACAAACGCAUACACCAGCGGAAUCUUUGAGAAAUAGAGUUGGCACG